AUGGCACCUCUAUGGACUUAUAAGCUGCAGGAGUUGGACAUGCCAACCUUGCCACUAAGAUAUAGUUGUGUAGGAAUGUCACAUUUGUGUAGACUGGGGACUGCUUCUGUCUGUGUGAGUGUUAAUGAUCCUGUCAGCGCCAGCAAAGGCUCUAGCAAAAAUGUUUGA